AUGUCCAACGUACCAAUCCACCUAAAUAUUUCUAGUGACGUACCAUCAUUGUCAAAUAUGCGCCCGCAAAACUCCAAUAAGUGGCAAGCGAGCCGAACUUCUAGUGAGCCUCCCAGUAGCGGAAUCGCUGACUUGUACGACGUGGUCAAUGCUAUUGGGUCAAUGACCAUCAAUGACGUUGACGACUGUGAAGCCAACCUGAUCAUGGAUCUCGCAAGGGCCCGACGCGAUAUAGUUAAUGCGGAGAAAAAACUUGCUGAUUGCAUCGUGCGAGAGCAAGAGGUCAUGACCAGUCUUUCAAGAUACAAGUCUGUCAUUUCCAAGCGGAAGCUUGACAAGGCCGAUGUAGGACUAGGCCAUAUGCGUGUCACAUUCAAAAAACACGGUCUUUCACAUCAGCCAGCACACGGUUCUCUUGACUCAUUCGCAUCCUGCCGUCAGCUAACGAUCCAGUUGGACUGA